GAUAUAUACUAGAAAGUGUCAACUUCUAUGAAAAAAAAAAGCUACAAGUGUCAAAACUCCUUGAAGUUGAUUGAUUUGACGAUUGCCUGACUGACGUUUCGAUAAAAACGAAAAUUUGAAAUUAUUUGAACUGAAUUAAUCUGAAAUCUUUCUAAAAUUUAAGAUUGAGCCAGCCUUUUUUUAAAUGUGUUACGAUAUCCAAAAUGUAUCCAAUAAUUAAAUUUUUGUUUGUAAACCUUUGAGGGCUCAUCAUAACCCACAUCAUCAUGGAAAACAUAGUGAACCUAAAUGAUGUUUUCUUUAAUUGUUAUUUUUUGAUAGGUGGCUUGUUCUUGAGUUAUUUAGUUUACAAAAUAUUUUAUGUACUUUUCAAUAAUAAUAAUUACAUUCAAAUAAAUUAUAAAAGUAGGGGUCAUACUUGGAGGAGUAUUCUAUGUAAUAAAUCGAUACCUUACAAUAUUUACUGCACCACCUGUGGUAAACUGAUGCUACAUCAAGAUGGUCUCUUUUGUGAAUGUUGUGGUGUAAGUGCUUGUAAAAGUUGCUGCCGUGCAGUUGAUAAGAGGUUCAGAUGCAAAGCAAUUACUUGGCCCAGUGACAAAGCAUUUUAUCAUCAUUGGGUUGAUGUUGGCUCCUUCCGAACACAAAAUGCAGAUAAUAGUGAAAAUGGUCCCAAGAAAUUUUUUUGCUGCUGGUGUCAGAAAAUAAAAUUAUCUUAUCUUAAUGCACUUAGUGAAACUGAGGAAUGUAACUUUCACAGAUAUAGAGACAUAAUUAUACCACCUACAUGUGUCCAAGUAGAAAAAGGAGCAAUUACAAGUAUUAAGCCUCUAUUAGAUGACAAUUGGGAACCUCUAAUUAUAUUUGCAAACCGGAAGUCCGGUAGCAACAGAAGUGAUGAAGUCCUGUCACUCUUUAGAGGAUUGCUCAAUCCAAUUCAGGUGGUGGAUAUUAGCACCACGAGCCCAGAGAGCGUGGUGCGAUGGCUGCCGCCGCGCUGCCGCAUCCUGGCCGCCGGGGGGGACGGCACCGUCGCCUGGAUCCUCAACAGUCUCCUCGCCGCGGGACAUAUGGGAGCGGCUGUGGGCAUUCUGCCGAUGGGGACCGGUAACGACUUGUCGCGAGUGCUGGGCUGGGGGCCGGGCUGUGGCUCGCAUUUAGACGCACAUUCCAUUAUAACUAGUAUUAAGCAAGCCAAUGAACAAGUUUUAGACAGAUGGAAGGUGACGAUCACGCCGCGGCGCGGGCGGCUGGGGCGCGCGCGCGAGCGGGUGGUGUUCGCGUACAACUACGCCAGCAUCGGCGUGGACGCGCAGGUCGCGCUCGACUUCCACCGCGCGCGCUCGCAGUUCCUGCACCGGUACGCCAGCCGGAUGCUCAACUAUGUGGCGUACGCGUGGCUGGGCGCAACACGCGCGUGGGACGCGGGCGCGUGCGACGCGUUAGAGCGGCGGCUGGCGGCGCGCGUGGACGGCGCCGAGCUGGCGCUGCCGCCGCUGCAGGCGCUCGUCGUGCUCAACAUACCCUCCUGGGGCGCUGGCGUCGACCUCUGGAGUAUGGGAAACGAGGGAGAAGUGGAGCCUCAAAGGAUUGAUGAUGGAAAAAUUGAGGUAGUGGGUAUCUCUUCAUCUAUCCAUAUUGCGCGACUCCAGUGUGGUUUGGCGGAACCAUAUCGCUUUACACAAGGGUCGAAAGUGAAGAUCGAGCUGAACGGCACGUGCGCGAUGCAGGUGGACGGCGAGCCGUGGAUGCAGGGCCCGGCCACGGUGCGCGUGGCGCGCGCCGGCCAGUGCCGCGUGCUGCGCGCCGCGUCCGCCCGCGCCGCGCUCUGAGCGACGCGCCCGCAGCACGAGGGUACUUUGAAUCUCAACAGUUGGGUAAUUGACACCACUUACUAGUAAUGUGUAAAGUCCUGUCGCCGAGAAGAUAGGAUUUCGUACAAUGACCCUCACUGUGCGACGGGCGGCCGUAGUUGGGCACAACUUUUAUGUAAAAAUUAAGUAUUUCAUUCAAGUAAAGUGACGUCAUAGGUCUCUACGAAAUCUCUUACUUAUGUCAGAUAACCGAAUAUGUAGUGGUGUCAAAUGGCUAAUAAUUUCACAAACUAUUCUGAAAAGACGAUCGGUGUUUUUUAAACCAAAACCGAAGAUGAACGGCUUUUUAAAUAUGUUAGGUAAUGGAUUACAUAAUAAUAUGUGUAUUAAUUUAUUCUAUUUAUGUAAGUACUUACAAAUUUUAUCGCAUGUAUCAUCCUUUUAGGGUCACAUUAUUGUAAAACUACAUUAUAAUUGCAUAAUGUUCGAAUGUUUACGGGUUUGAAUUUUACUAUUCUCUGAGAUAAACGCACAUGAGAACUUUUUUAGCCACCAUAGCCGACAUGGAUGCAGCGUUAAGGAUAUUGUAGCAUUUAUUAUAAUUUGAUGCCGCGCUAAAUUGAUAAUUUGAGCUGCCAAAGUAUGCCAAACUAACGUCGCGUUCGUGUCCCGCUACUGUGCACUCUUGCCCACUGUGUAGGAUUUAGGGCCCAAUUAACUCUGUUUUUCUAUGUGGAUGUGGUAUUAAAUAUUAUAGCCUACCUUUUUGUGGCACUCACAAUGCAGAUUCCGUGUAUUCAGUGUAGACUUCCAAAUAUCCGAUGACUAAUAGUUACAAAAAGGACCUACACUAAAACUUGCGCGGGCGUACACAUGCGUACCUGGAUCGAAAAAAGUGUAGGUAUAAUAGGUAUAAUGGCGCAGUGUAGCGCAGACGCACAGCAGACGCGUGUGACGGGUUUCCACUAGCGAGGUGGGGGCGGUAGUAGUGUACUGAUGGCGGCGCAAGUAUAGGCGGGCACCGCGCAAGUUUUAGCGUACAGCUUAGGGGAGUUUGAAAAUAUAGUAGCAAUUAUUCUUCAACAAUUUAUAUUAUGUAUUACAUAACCAUAUUAUUUUAACAAAACAUGGAAUUCUGUAAUUACUUCGAAUGUAACAGUUAUUUUUAUAUUACACAAUGUUUUAAAUUACUGUGACAGGUAACACUUACCACUAUGUGGUUGAAAAAUUCGUACAUACCUAAAUACGUUUUACUUAUUUUAAAAUCACAGAAAUAAACUGAUAAAAAAUAAUAAUUCGAUAAUUGUAUUCAUACCCAAAGUAAUAGAAAAAACAUACACAUCAUCAACAUUUAGGUAUCAUAGUUUUAACAAUACAUAUAAACUUAUUAAAGAUCUCAAACAACCUACAAAUAUUUUAAAUUUAUAGUACUGUAAAUAAACUAUGCUUUUAGGCCAACGUGUUUGUAAUCAUGUGUGGUUUAUAAAAGUACCUAUUUUAAAAUAAAAUAUAUUUUGACUUAAAUUUUGUUUUUAUAUUUUAACCUAUCUCUAGUACUCAACUAUGCUUAGAAGUCACAUGGUUAAAUUGUUUUACUUGAGUUUAGAUUGCAAAUUGUUUUAAAUUUAAAAUAAUUAACCCGUAAACCACAGCAAAAGCUCGCGAAAUCAAUGACCAGAUCAGUAUUAUAUUAUAUUUCGCCGCGUGUAACUUCUAAGCUUAGUAAUAAGUAGAUGUAUAAAUGA